AUGACUGCGUCUGCUCCCCUGCAGCCCACCGUCCUGGUCGUCUGCGGCCCCGCGGCAUCAGGCAAAAGCUCCAUCGCCCAGGCUUUGGCCGACGAGUUUGCAUUCCAGUACAUUGAAGGCGACAGCCAUCACCCGCAAAGCUCCAUUGACAAGAUGAGCAGCGGUAUACCGCUCACAGACAACGAUAGGUGGGACUGGCUCGUCGGGCUUCGGGAGCUCGCCAAGGAGACGCUGCAAGCAGGCCACCGUGGCGUUGUCGUGUCCUGCAGCGCUCUGAAACAUACAUACAGAGAUGUCAUCCGGAUCCUUACCGAGCAACAGCCCGGGGUCUUGCUGCGGUUCAUCUACCUCAAAGUCAGCCCCGAGGUUCUACUGGCCAGAAUCAAGGCAAGAAGCGGCCAUUUUAUGAAGGACAGUAUGCUCAAGAGCCAACUGGACAGCCUAGAGGAACCACGUAUUCACGAAACGGAUGUCCUGACUGUUGACGCCGAUGUUGGGUUGUCUGACGUCACGAGAAACGUGAUUUCCAGCGUGCGAACUGCUGCCAUUUUUUAA